CAGCCUAACAAUUGUUCCGCAGCUGGCGAAUAAAGGACGAUAUCUACCCAGGCACUGGUAAAGGAAGUCACAAAGGACACAGGAAGAGGACAUGGAGAGUAUGAGCAAGGAGACGGGGGGAGUCAACCCAGAUUGCAUGGUGGGACACGUGGCCUCCAGCAAAGGGGUGAGGGACCAGGAAGACAUUGAGAAGGAGAUGAUGAGAAUGAGAGAGGAGACGGAGGCCCUGAAGAGAGAACUGCAGAGGACAAAGAAGGAGGUGGAUGACUGGUCGAGCCUGAUGGAGCUGGUGGAGACGGAGACGGACAUCAUCACAGCGGACUGGAUGAGGGAGAGGAAGGACUGGAGGAGGAAGAUGGACAAGCUGGAGCGCAACAAGCGGAGGCAGGAGACGGAGAGAGAGCAGGGGAUGAGGAGGGAGAGAGAGGAGAUGGAGCGGAUGAAAGAGGAGAUGGAGAAGGAGAGGGAGAUGAUGAAGCAGGAGAAGGAGGAGAUGGUGGCGAGCUUCCUGAACUUCAACCGCAAGUUCCUCUACACCUUCAAUGAGAUCGAGAGGCUGAGAGAGCUGGAGAGGAUCAGGGAGGAGGCGGACGAGUGGAUGAGCCUGAUGGAGCUGGUGGACACCGAGAUCGCCAAGAUCAAAGCCGUCUGGAUGAAAGAGAGGGCGACCUGCAUGAGGACAAUCGAGAGCCUGGAGGGAAGGAACAGGAGACAGGCGAAGGAGACCGAGGAGACGAUAAGGGGAUUAAACGAAGGGCUGGAGAAGGAGUGGGCAAAGGUCAGAGAGGAUGAGGAAAGGGUGGAGAACAUGAGGAGAGAUAUCGAGAGGGAGGAGGAGAAGAUACGGCAGGCAAGAGAAGACCUGGAGAGAGAAAGGAUGGGUGAAGGGAGAGAUGCUAAAGAAAGGAUGGAGUGGGAAGGGAUGAAGGAGGGGAAAGGAGAGAUGGAGAGAGCGAAGGAGAGGCCCGAGGAGGAAAGAGAACAAAUGGAGAAUGGACAGGCAGGAGUUGAAGGGGUUGAUAAGGUGGCAGGUGAGAUGGAGAGUGUGAUGGAGAGAAAGGGCGAGGAGAAAGGAGAAAUGGAGAAAGCAGAGGAUGAGGAGACAGGAGAGAUUGAGAAAGCAGAGGAUGAGGAGAAACUAGAGAUGGAGAAAGAGAUAGAGAAAGCAGAAGACAGUGAGGAGAAAAGAGAGAUGGAGAAAGCAGAGGAUGAGGAGAAAGAAGAGACAGAGAUAGCAGAGGAAACAGAGGAGGAGGUGCAGACAGAGAGUGGAGAGGAGGAGGUGCAGGCAGAGAGUGCAGAGGAGGAGGUGCAGGCAGGGAGUGCAGAGACGAGUGCACAGACAGAGGCAGAGGGGACAGGAGAGCGUGAGGAGAACAGGAUGAGCGUGAAGGAGGCAGAGGAGGCGCAGGCGGAACAGCAUGAGGGGGAAGAGACAGAACGUGAAGGGCAAGAGAAAGAGGAGAGGACAGGGGAGGAGGAAUAG